AUGGAAGAUCGUGGGCGGUGUGGCUUUGGCGCUGUGGUCGUCGAGACAUUCUCGGAAGCUUUGUUUUCGCCGCUGUUAACGUGGCGAGAGAUCAGGAGGCUGUUGGAGCUCAGCCAGCAAAUACGGACUGCGUUGCAGGCGAUGGCAGCAGUGCACGUGAUGCAGCUGUGCAUGGCGAAGCAGAGGUUGUUUCAGCGAGUUCAUGGCGAGCUGGGCUGUCGCAUGCAGCAUGGCCCGCGAGCUUUGUCCGUGCUGGAACGACAUCAUUGUUGGGAGAAAUGCGACACAGCAGCCUCGUUUGUGCUGGCAUGCUGUCGUUUGUGCUGGCAUGCUGGCGUUUGGCGGGUAGCAGACCGUGCAGCAGCCUUGCGGCCAACCAGGGCACAGAAUGAUACCAGACAUGAGGAGUGGGCAACAGAGUAUGCUUUCUUGGUGGCAGGAGCGGGCGAGAUGGAAGGAACUUUGGUCCUGCAGGCUUGGCUGGAGAAGUGGUGGGAAGCGGGGGCUUGGUUCUACCGUUUGUUCGAGCUUCCGGCGGGAGGGUUUCUCAGAGCUUCCGAAGACGAGGAGUUUGGCACUGAUGGCUAG